CAGGUUAAGUUCUGCCUUUUUAAAUUCAGGUUAGACUUCUGCCCUCAUGGUUCAAAACCCACAGAGCACUCCUUGUAGAGAUCAUAUGAAUUAUUUGCUGGAAUAGUUCAUUUCCUUUGCUUCAGAUUAUCUUCAUGGUGUAGGCCACCUCUCACAUCCCAGAACCAUAAGCAGCAUAAAUGAGGGGAAUCAGUGUAUGAGAUGGAACCAAAGUCAAGGCCAUAGACUUUGGAAGUCAGGAGGAUCUUGGAGUUCUCAUUCAGUGAUUUUCACAGAAGGUGAAUCAAAAUGACAUAUGUGUUUGCCUUUUUUUUUUUUUUUUUAAUAAAGUAACAUGCUUCUCCCUCCAGAGGUUCUGCUGCAGCUCCUCCAUUUGCUUUCCUAGAGUAGGGCCUGGAUGGCUCUCCUAACCAUGGCCUUUCUUAUCAUUACUGAGAUGGUGAGGCACUGUCAUUGAUAGAAGUGUAUCCUAAACCUCGAGUUUUUAUUUGGGGAAAAAUGUGGACAAUCAGUUCUGUUUUGUUUUGUUUUGUUUUGUUUUAGCUCAAUCCCUUCAGUUAUACAUUUGUAUCUACCUUCACAGUUGUGUGAACUUUUAUUACUCCACUUCCUCCAUUCUGAUGACCUUCUAGGCUGUUGGCUUGCCUCUAGCUUUCUUUUCCUCCAGCUCCAGUUCAGCUUACCUGUUACCACCAGAAUCAUCUUCCUCCCUGAGCCUUGCUGAUGCCCUUUCUUCCCCAGCUCAUUGUCUUUAAUGAUUUUCCUUUGUGUAUGGAAUAAAGUCCAUAGUACCAUUUCAUCCUCAACUCUGUUUUCCCUUCCACCCCCAGUAUGCUCCUGGAACUAGGGGACUGGUCAUUCUUCAGAUGCCAUUAGCACCAUGAGCACUGAACACUUGCUAAAAUUCCCUCUGCCUAGAAUACCUUCCUGUCUGUUGAAAUCCUUUGCAUUUCAUAAAGCUCAUGUAAAUGCUACUUCAUGAAAUGUCACCUAUCCUCCCAGUCUGAAAAAUGAUCUCCCUUGCUUUGUUUGGGUUGCUGUUUAAAUUCUUACUGGUUUGUAAACUCUUUGAAUACAAUGACCAUGUCUUCAUUUUUAUAUGCUUUACCAUACUUCCCGUAUACCUUUUUAUGUAGUCGAUACUCAUUAAAUACUUGUUGAAUUAACAGUGAUUUCAGUGAAGAAGGACUAGAAAUCAGAAAAUUGGGUGUUUUACUUCUUUUAUUUAUUCUCAGGGUUGUUCCUUGCUACAUAAGUAUUCCUUACCGCUUUGUCAUAGUUGGAGAAAAUCUCAUUUGUGUGCUCCAGAGUCCGCCAGUAUUAGGAAUUGGAAAACAGUGAUGAAGAAAAAUUUUACUUUGGUACUUUGCCUAUGACCUGAGAGAAGAAAAACAAUACUGUAAAGCACAGCUGUGGAAAUAUACACUUGGGGCAAAAUCAGAAGAGGCUUCUCAUUCUCCCAACCACCGGACAGGAAGAGAAUUAACCCACAAUGGAGCAAGAAGAACCUCAAAAUAAACUCAGAGGCCAGCAUUCCCAGAUGAUCUCUUGGGCCAUUGCUGUUUUUUACAUCUCAGUUCUCAGUGCUUGUUUUAUUGCAAACUGUUUGGUAACUCAUCACAACAUUCUACGCUGCAGGAGAGAAGCAAGAGUGUUCAAGUUACCAGAGUACCACAUGAAGCUGACAUGCACCAGAGAGAAAUCAAAAUUGAAAGGGACCACCUGGAAUUGCUGUCCUUUUGGCUGGAGAGCAUUCCAGUCCAACUGCUAUUUUCCUCUUAAUGACAACAAGACAUGGGUUAAGAGCGAAAGGAACUGCAUGAGGAUGGGGGCUCAUCUGGCCACCAUUAGCACAGAAGCUGAGCUGAACUUUAUUACUCAAUUUUUGGAGAGACGAUUUUCAUAUUUCCUGGGACUUAUAGAUGAGAAUCAUGGAGGCCGAUCCUUGGUGAAUAAGACAGCAUUUAACCCACAUAAUUUAUUAUGGCAUGAGGGUGAACCCAAAAAUCAGGAAGAAAAUUGUAUUGUCCUUGUUAAUGUCCAAGACAAAUGGACAUGGAAUGAUUCUCCUUGUAACUUUGAGACAAAAAGUAUUUGUAAAUUACCUGGAACAGCAUUCAACUAGAAACCUCCAAAGAAGUCCUUGUGAUGGGGACAGAAAAGAAGAACCAAUUAGACUAGGGAAGAAUGUACCUGCACCAUUGGAACAGAGAAAACCUGCUGAGAAAAUAGAAAAAUUUUAGUUAUGAUGGCCUUAUUUAUUUUUGUUCUAUUCAUUCAAGAUACUAUGUUUUUGUGUGGUAUGGUGGCAGGAGUCAUCUUUUCUGUGAGAAUCCAUUUUCAUUAAUGUUGCUUUCUUGAUAGUAUAUCAGAGUAUUUCCUUUUCAGUUGGUGUGCAUUGAUGACAUAUCAACCAGAAUGGCUCAGAUGAUGCCAUCUCUUAGUCAUUGCUUUCCUCUGCUCAGAUUUUUACAAUGUGGGGUAUUCCAACUGGUAGUGGUAUGCCAUUAUUUUGGCCCCAGUUAUGAUAAACUCUUUAAUUUUUUUUUAAGAUUUGUGUAUUUAUUUGAGAGAGAGAGAAAGAAUCUCAAGCAGAUUCCCCACCAAGCACAGAGCCUGAUGUGGGGCCCAACAUGGGGUUCAAUCUCACACCCCUGAGAUCAUGACCUAAGCUGAAAUCAAGAGUCAGUUACUCAACUGACUGAGCCACCCAGGUGCUCCCUAAUCUAUUUCUUGCAGUCUGAUUAUUUUUCAGUACCUUUUUGGUGACCACCACAGACCACCUUUCUUACCUGGAUUAUUGCAAUAGCCUUCUGAAUGGUCCCCCUGUUUCUCCCCUCAGCCCCUUUCAGUCUGUCCCCACCUCUCAUGGCACUUAUUCUUAUUCUCCUAUUCUUCAAAAUUUCUUUAAGACAGCUGAUAGUAAUUUCAUAAAAAUAACUGCAAAAUUUAUUAGGACACUGUGGUAGUCCUAGAAGUUUGAAACACUUAA